CGUGAUAAUAUUAGCGUUGAUUCUAAUAAUUAAUCCAUUAAUGUUUUACCUUACCUUGAUUUUUUCAACUUUUUCUAACCUCCAUUUACAACAAUCAACAUCUAGUAAUUAUUGCUGAUGAGUUGAUUUCAUUAGAAAGUGAGGGAGGUAAAAACAUGGUUAUUUAAACUAUUUUAGAUACAUUUCAAGUCAUUAAAUCGAAAUCUGUUUUUUGGGUUUUAAAGUUGAUGUAUUAACUCAAGGUUAAAAAUCUCAUCACUUUCUAUUGAUCUCAGGUCUUACCUUUGGUGGGCUGUUGAUAAACAUAAUGAUGAUUUUUAUGAUGAUAAUAGCAAUAAACAAUAAAGAAUAGUAACAGUUUUAAUGAAGAUAUAAUAGUUGAACGGAUGAUAAACUUCAAGCUGGUAACAUCAAAGAGUAAGGUGACAUGUAAAAGUGUGAGUUUUAGCUUCUAAGUUGGAAGUUCUAACUUGCUUACAAGUUUUUUUUAUAUAUCUAAAUAUCCCGCCCAAUUAAUGUUUUUGUUGAUUGUUGAUGAAUUAACUUUGUUGGUAUACACAUUUGGUAGGUUGAUUAGGGUUCGUUUGAUUAUGUCAAUAUACCAAAAUUGAGUGUGAACAGUGAAGGCAGAUUGAUCAUUGAUGCGUUCACCGUUAAGGGUUAAAUACCUGAAAUCAUUUGAAUUUUCUUUUAUUUGUCAUCUUUACUUUGAAGUUAAAAUGUUACCGUGUUUAACGUUCAUCUUAAUUGGACUUUCAUGUGGUGUUAAUGGUGGAUAUCUUCGGCGUCGUGAUCACCAUUUGGAUACCCUAUUACCAAGAUCAAGUGGACCUUUGGAUGAAAACUGUGGUUGUGACGAGGAUGGCAAUCAACGUCAUCAACAUCGGCAUCUUCAUGAAAAAUUGCUCUCACUCAAUUCAUCACCCAAAGUAUUACUGCCAAGGAGUCAAAGUUUGAAUGUAAAACCCAAUGAACCUCUCAACAAUGGUAAUUUUGUAUUUCCUUUGAGACCUGAAAGUGUUUCUUUGCGCGAAUCAGUUUUAACCACGUCCGAAGCUCGACCAUCGAGAGAGUUUAACUUUCCAAAUGUCAGCCCAAGACAGGCAAAAGUUAAUGAAUAUUUUUACAAAAGUGACCCAGGCCAUGAAUUAAUGUCUCCAUACACUUUGAAAGGUAAAGAUGGAAGAUUAUACUCAAAUUAUCGACCUGAUAGCCAAGUUCCUGAUGAACAUUUACCUACUGCAGCUGCCGGUGUUGUACCUCAAUAUAUGCCCACACCAGAAGCCAAUCAUCAAUCACCAAUGAACCGACGAGUCGCUCGAUCUUUGAUGCCCUCUGAGAUGUUCAUGGGUCCACCACCUCCAUCUAACCCUCAAGCUCGACCAGAAAUGGAACUACCAGUCAAACGAAAUGACGCAAGUGAAUUAAUGUAUCCAAGUGAUUUUGGUUUUGCUUCAGCCUCAUUUCCUCGACCAAACUCUCCUGCCUCUGGAGUGCCACCUCCACCCAUGUGGAACUCAUUUUCCCAAAUGUCUUUACCCCAAUGGUCAUCAUCAAAUCUUUCACCCGUCCCAGUUAGAUUACAAGGUUUAUCAGCCAAUGGUCUUUCAAGUAAUCCUCUUCUUUCUGGUGCAUCGCCAGUUGCUUCUCCUGGUAGUGUCUCCGCUCAAUCAAACCCAAAUGUUUCACCUAAUUCUGGUAAUUCUGGUGUUGCUUUACCCGGUCAACAUCCCCAGAUGAACAUGCACAAUUGGUACAAUUUUCUUAAUCAACCCUUCUAUGGUCCUCCCAUGAUGAAUCCUUUCCAAACUAUGGGUGCGAACCCGAUGGACCCUUCACAGCCAGCAGGCUCACCAGCCAAAUCAACAAACGGUUCGUCAACCGAGAAAGAAAAAAACUCUACAACUGAAGAAAGCAGUUCAUCUAAUGAUGAAAGUGCCAAGCCCAAUAACCGUCGACAACGAUUACUCAACCAGUUAAACAAUUUAAGUCGAGUUCCGCUUGAAAAUUUGAGAAACUUUUUCCAACGUGUAACAUCAACAACUUCAACCACAGAAUCUCCGAAAGACAAUGAAUCGUAAGAUUAGAUGAUUCAACUUUACAAUUAAUUUUACCUCAUUAUUUCAAUGAGCAUUACAUUUACAAAUUACCAAAAAACAAAA